AUGCGAUUCAAGUUCAAAGUCAAUCUCUUCAAUGAGGAUAAGCCAAAGCCCCAAGCUGGUAACCAGAAUAAGGGAACAGGGAAACGAUCUGAUCUGAAACGAUUUCCAAAGGGUCUAGUCAACACCAAGAUCGGAUUGCAGAAGAACUUCAAGAAAAAUCCCUCCAAGAACCACGAGCCAGAGCAUGAAGAAAGAGAAACUCGUGACCCUGAUCAAAGAGGACGAUACGAAGAAAGAGAACCUUGUGAGGGCAUUCGAAGGGACGCAACGCCUCCAAUAAGAGCUUAUGGUGUCGUUGCUCCACGUGUUGGAUCCCGCCGAGACUUUCAAGCCAUCCGCAAGAACCCCAAACAGCCCAAACAAAUUGUUCAACAGAAACUUUCAAAGAAGGUCGAUGCAAGAUUGGAUGCACUGCGGGAGCAGCUGGGUGUUGAGUUUGAUCAUGAAUAUGGUGCGCAAAUGCACCGUGUGCAGUCCAUAGAGCCUCAACAAGCAGGACGGGAUAGUAUGAACUUUGACAGGACAAGAUCUGUUCCAGGAAAGAACAACACCAAGACUGCCAACAUGCAGACUGCAUGUCAAGUGCCCUUUGCAGGAAAGGCCGCACCGGCUCCACUGCCAACACAAAGGUUGUCAUCUUUCAAUGGCCAACGACAGCCUCUCGUUGGUGGAAACCAUGUAUCAUCAUUCGCUCCUUACUCAAGACCGCCCUCCAAGAUGCUUGCAAGGGCCCAAAUGGACCCCAUCGUUCACAAGAAGCCAACGCAACCCCCAAAAUCUCGCUUUCCACAACAAGUUAAGUCAAGAAGCAAAAAGUUAACCCGCGAAGCAGCACCUCGUGCGUCUCGCUAUGGUAUCCUCGGUGCACUGUUUAGUGGUAUGUGCACAGCUGAUUCAGCAUGUGCCAAUGCGCAGUCGGGCUGCAAUCAUGUGCGUUCUGGAUGCUCUGAUAUGCAAACAGGAUGUACUUCUGCCAAGAAGUGUGCCGAUGGAACCAUGUUUGAUGAAGAGACGCUAUGGACUAAGAGCGAGACGCUCUCCGAAACCCAAUACGACGGCGAAACAAUGUGUAGCCGAACGAAAAGCUACGUUGGGGAGCACGAAAGCGAUGUAUCCGACAGUGACUUCGAUGACGAAUCGUCAUGGGAUGAUGCAACUUCCUACCAGUCAGAGGAGGAUACUCAUUAUCAUAGCGGCCGAAGAACUAGAGCCUCCGGCAAAACACAAGAGCGAAAGCAAGCUGACCGACCCUCCAGCCGAAAUACAAGGCCGGAGAAGCGUGGAAACAAGUCACUUCGUGCUUGCGACGACGAAACCUACGGUUAUUCCGAUGGCGAAUCCUUCGACUCCGAAAACAAGACAGAGGUGGAUACCUAUUGCCACACCGAGUAUGAUACCGAUUCGCAAUGGACUGACGGCGAGACCUACUUCACGAAAGAAACAAGACGCACCAGACGGCGGCGCGACUCUGAUUCUGAUUUUACCGACUCUGACUUGGAUUCUCGAAGCUGUAGCAGCUACGAUAGUGAAGAUUCCUACGAUAAAAGAACCUACGGUGACUCAACGUGGAAGACGAACUGCAGGGAUGACGAGACCUUCUACACUCGCCAGCAGUCAAGGGGGUAUGACGAUGAUACCAUAUACACUGAGGUCAAGAAGAGGCCAAAACCAAUGAAGAGACGUUAA